UAUGUAAAGUAAUUCCGAAAACUCAGCGAUAUCAACUCACUGAAUAUAAAAUUUCUAUUUUCUCAAUUUGACGAAAAUCGUUUCUCGAAGGUAUAAAUAGAAUGCAAAAAAUGUGUCUGAAUUCAAACAUCACACUAUCAAGAAGAAGUAGUACUCAAUUUAAGGAAAUUUCUCAACGUCGAUACGCACUAUACAAAAAUGAAGGCACAUCAAGUCAGCGGUGUAAUUAUACUUGUAUUCCUUGCAAAUUGUCAAAGAUGUUUUUCACGUCGAAUUUAUGAUGCAGAAGCUCAAUUUCUAUCCAGCGAACAUCUAGAUGAAUCAGCUGAUUUCCCAAGCUACAGAGAAAUAAGAAGACAGUCGGCUGAUUGUCCAUCAAUCAUUGACUCGCCAAGACAUUGUCCAUACGUCAGAGGAUACUCUGGAACGAAUGAUCAAGAAAAUCUAUCAGGAAGUAGCAUUUCUCCUUGGACAACAAAAAUUGACAUUGAUCCUUUACGCUCACCCCAGGCUUUUCCAGUAGUUUGUUGUGCAUGCACCCACUGCGUUGACAUGUCUGGUUCUGAGCCUAAAAUCCUGCGAGAACAUUACAGUGAGAAAGUCUACGUAAAAAAGGAAGUGAGAAGAGCGGAGGAUGGAUUUCGACCUCGUUAUAUCAAAGUAGCUGUUGGAUGCACCUGUGUUCACAAACCCUUUGGUGGACAUCGAAUGUAACCUGGGACAUGAAGUUUAAUUUGUCGUUUACUUUUAAAAUAUGUUUUAAAAUGUUUUGAGAAUUUCAUCAAAUGCUUUAAAUACUUUUAGGAAAUGUUUUAUGUACUACAGCCAACAAAGUAAAGUUUGUCUCGUGUGGCGGUUGAAUUUUAUGAAGCGUGUAAACAUUUUAUAUAUUCCACAAAAAAGAAUCAAUUUCAAGAAAAAGUCUACAAUGAAUUUAUUCAGACAAAGUUAUUUAUAUGUUUGUUUUUCAUAUAAAAAUCAUGUGAUUUUUGUUCUACUUUAUUGCGAAUAGUAUUAUCAUUUAGUUCAGUGGUUUUCAGCCUUAGGCUCGCUGAACCCCGGUUGAAAGCCACUGAUUUAGUGUGUAUUUAAGCUACUUAUUGACUAUUUUACCAAACAAGUGUUAUAAUAUAUAAUGUAAGUGUGUUAAAGUAUGUUUAUCUCAGAGUUUUUGAAAAUGUCGCAAUAUUCUGUCUUAUACUGGUCUUACUAAGUCGAAUCAACAAAAUAUGUUUUAUAACGAUUAAUUAAUAUAAAGGAAACAAUUAGAAAGUGUCAAAAUGUACCCAUUGUUUGGCUUUUUGCGAUAUUUCAAAAUAAAAUUGAAGGCAAAUAAAGAAGAAACUUUUAUUUCCUCAUCAGUUUGGACUAUUUAUUAUAUUUGGAUGUUCGAUUUAUAAUGGUUCUUAUGGAUAUCACAACAGUUUACAAAACAGUUUACAGCUCACAAAAGAAACAAGACGUUUAUGUUUGUCAAAUAAUAUAGAAAAGAAUAUUUUGUAUCGUAUUAGCAAUCUUUCAUCCGUAUGAAUGGAAUGUAAUAAAAUUAUGUGAAAUGUAAAUACUUAAUAAACUCCGAUUAGUAGUGAUUGCGAUCAUAUUUGUUUUUACUCGUGUUUUAGCAGAACAUGGUGUCACUUUUGGGACCCAUAAAUGAUAAGUCGCUCUGCCAGACUCAUUUUAUUAAAAAUAUUCAAAACGGUUGACUAAAAUACAAAAGGAAGUAAUUAGCACCAAAUAAACCAAAGACAAUUGAUACAGAAUUAAAGAAUAUAAAACUACUACUUACACAAAACAA